AUGGUUAUAAAAAUGGCACAAUCUGCAGAACGAACUAAUUCUGAUUUAGAGGAAGACGAGUUGUUUUUUCAAGACGUUGAUAUAUUGCAGCAGCAUGGAAUCAACGUAGCUGAUAUAAAAAAGUUGAAAUCGUCAGGAAUAUGUACCAUAAAAGGUAUACAGAUGAUGACUAAGAAAAAACUAACGGCCAUUAAAGGAUUUUCAGAAGCUAAAGUGGACAAGAUAAAAGAAGCUUGUGUUAAAAUUUCGACCGUUGGAUUUGUAACGGCUUUGGAGGUUAGCGAAAGGCGCAAAAUGGUAUUCCGCGUGAGCACUGGAAGUCAAGAACUAGACAAACUUUUAGGUGGCGGAAUUGAAUCAAUGGCAAUCACAGAAGCUUUUGGAGAAUUUCGAACUGGCAAAACACAGUUAUCGCACACACUGUGUGUCACUGCCCAAAUGCCUGGUGCAAAUAAUUAUAACGGCGGAAAAGUUAUUUUUAUUGACACGGAACACACAUUCAGACCUGACCGGUUGAGGCCAAUUGCUGAACGAUUUAAUUUGGACCAGGUAGCUGUACUGGACAAUGUACUUUAUGCCCGCGCAUAUACUUCAGAACAUCAAUAUGAGUUAUUGGACUACGUAGCAGCUAAAUUUCAUGAAGAGGCCGGUGUAUUUAAAUUACUUAUAAUAGACUCAUCAAUGGCUUUAUUUCGAGUUGACUAUAGUGGCCGUGGUGAAUUGGCAGAUAGGCAACAAAAGUUGGCUCAGUUGAUGUCAAAGCUUCAAAAAAUAUCUGAAGAAUAUAAUGUGGCAGUUUUUAUUACAAAUCAAAUGACAUCAGAUCCUGGUGCCACAUUAUCAUUCCAAGCGGAUCCCAAGAAACCAAUAGGUGGUAACAUAAUGGCUCAUGCCUCUACAACUCGUCUAUCUCUUCGAAAAGGACGUGGUGAAACACGUAUAUGCAAAAUAUACGAUAGCCCAGAUUUACCAGAAAGUGAAGCAACAUUUGCAAUAACUACUGGUGGAAUUGCAGAUGCCAAAGAUUAGUAUUAAUGUAUAAUCAAAAGGUUCUAUUAUUUAUUUUAAAAAAACAUAGUUGUAUUAAAUCAUUCAAUAAUAUAUUUAUACCAUGCUCAAC